UUGAGUUAUAGAUUUUGGCUGUGCAGGUGGUUCUCCUACACAGUGACCCACACACUGGACUGAACCUGCGUACAUGACUCUAGUGAUGUUCUCCUGUUGCACAAGAGGAGAUUACAUAAUACCCUUUCUGAAAUACUGAAGAACUGCAUAUAGAAGGACAGACGGCAGGCUCUGGACAACAGUGGACAACCAUGUUAACUGCUGUGAUACUGAUGAUCAUCUGCUCCACUGCAGAGAUGUCUGAGGUCAGAAUGGUGGACGGCGAUGGUCGCUGCUCUGGGAUACCUCAAGUCCUUCAUGAAGGACAAUGGAGGAAACUGAGCAAUGGCCACAUUGAAUACAGUACUAUUGGGUUGCUGUGUAGAGAGCUUAACUGUGGAGACGUAGUCAGUGCUACAUUUGGAAGUGAUUUCAGAGGCAAGCAUGGUGACCAAUCUCUAAUUGACCUGUAUUGUGAUGGCAGCGAGUCUCUUUCAGAGUGCAAAAAGUACCGCUCAUCCAUCCAACCUGAUUAUCUCAACAUCAGCAUUACUGUCAGCUGCUCAGACUCUGUGAGGCUCGUGGAUGGGGCUGGACGCUGCUCUGGGAGAGUGGAGGUGAAGUCCCAUCAGUCCUGGAGCUCAGUAUGUGAGUCUGACUUUGACCAACAGGAUGCAGAGGUAGUCUGUAGGGAGCUGGACUGUGGGACUCCACUAAUUCUACAGGGGGCGCUCUUAGGAGAAGGGAAACACCCAUUUGGGACCAAAGAGUUCCAGUGUAAAGGCUCAGAGAACCGUCUCCUUACCUGUAGCACCUCAGACAGAGAGGAGCACACCUGCACACCUGGCAAAGCUGUGAGUCUCACCUGUUCAGGACCUGAUGAUGUGAGACUGGUGGACGGGAGCAGUCGCUGUGCUGGGACACUGGAGAUGUUUCGUAGUGGAGAGUGGAGGGGAGUGACUGCAGACAGAUGGUCCAUGAAGGAGGCUGCUGUGGUGUGCAGACAGCUGGACUGUGGUUCUGCUGUUAAAUCUACAAUGAGUGUCCCUGGAGGAGACGAGACCAGAUGGGGUUUUCAUAUCGCCUGUAAAGGAUCUGAGUCUGCAGUGAAAGAAUGCACAAUUUUGUACAGCUCGAAGAUCAGAUAUCCUGUAGGAGUCGUCUGUUCAGACUCUGUGAGGCUAGCAGAUGGAGCUGGACUCUGCUCUGGAAGAGUUGAGGUGAAGCCCCAUCAGUCCUGGACCUCAGUAUGUGAGGCUGACUUUAACCAGCAGGAUGCAGAGGUAGUCUGUAGGGAGCUGGGCUGUGGGGCUCCACUAACUCUACAGGGGGCGCUCUUUGGAGAAGGGAAACAUCAAUUUGGGACCAAAGAGUUCCAGUGCAAAGGCACAGAGAAGAGUCUCCUUACCUGUAGCACCUCAGAGCGUCAGGAGCAGAACUGCACACCUGGCAAAGCUGUGGGUCUCACCUGUUCAGAACCUGAUGAAAUGAGACUGGUGGAAGGGAGCAGCCGCUGUGCUGGGACAGUGGAGAUAUUUUAUAAUGGACAGUGGAGAAAAGUAGGAGCCGAGGUCUGGAACAUAAAUACGGCUGCUAUGGUGUGCAGACAGCUAGACUGUGGCUCUGCUGUAGCAGCUACAAAGAUAAAAUCUGAUGGAGAUGUACCUGAAGUGGGUGUUCUGAUUUCCUGUAGUAUGCUAAAAAUGAAGAAAUGCCAUCCUAUGAGAAUUCGGCGUAUUGAAUACCAUGCUGGAGUGAUCUGUUCAGAGUCUAGGAGCCUCCAGGGGCCAGAGGUCUUCAAAGGCCACAGCUUCACCAUCACCUGCUCCACUCAGCCGCAGUACCCAGGAGGAUCCUUCCACCUUACACUGCCCUGGACCAGUAGAAAUGACUCCCAGGCAGCUGUCAGUCACUCAGCCUCCUUCCUCUUUCCUGCUGCCGAUGAUUCCCACCAGGGGAUCUACAGCUGUGUCUAUGAGAAUCAAGUGAGCUUUCAGAAUGAUGAGUUUCAAGAGGAGAGUCAGAAGUAUUCUAAUCGCUGGUCUCCUGGGCCUUUCAUCCACAAUUUCUCCUCUGAGAGUGAGCCUCUCUCCCUCAUCGUCACAGCAUUGCAUGCAGAAGGACUGCAGAUUGCAGGUCCUGGACGACAGUGGACAGCCAUGCUAACUGCUGCGAUACUGAUGAUCAUCUGCUCCACUGCAGAGAUGUCUGAGGUGAGAAUGGUGGACGGUGAUGGUCGCUGCUCUGGGAUACCUGAAGUCCUUCAUGAAGGACAAUGGAGGAAACUGAGCAAUGGCUACAUUGAACACAGUACUACUGGGUUGCUAUGUAGAGAGCUUAACUGUGGAGACGUAGUCAGAGCUACAUUUGGAAGUGAUUUUAGAGAAAAGCGUGGCAGCCAAUCUCUAAUUGACCUGUAUUGUGAUGGCAGCGAGUCUCUUUCAGAGUGCAAAAAGUACCCCUCAUCCAUCCAACCUGAUUAUCUCAACAUCAGCAUUACUGUCAGCUGCUCAGACUCUGUGAGGCUUGUAGACGGAGAUGGACGCUGCUCUGGGAGAGUGGAGGUAAAGGCCCAUCAGUCCUGGACCUCAGUGUGUGAGUCUGACUUUGACCAGCAGGAUGCAGAGGUAGUCUGUAGAGAGCUGGACUGUGCGACUCCACUAACUCUACAGGGGGCGCUCUUUGGAGAAGGAGAACAUCCAUUUGGGACCAAACAGUUUCAGUGUAAAGGCUCAGAGAACCGUCUCCUCACUUGUAGCACCUCAGACAGAGAAGAGAACACCUGCACACCAGGCAAAGCUGUGAGUCUCACCUGUUCAGGACCUGAUGAUGUGAGACUGGUGGACGGGAGCAGUCGCUGUGCUGGGACACUGGAGAUAUUUCAUAGUGGAGAGUGGAGGGGAGUGACUGCAGACAGAUGGUCCAUGAAGGAGGCUGCUGUGAUGUGCAGACAGCUGGACUGUGGUUCUGCUGUUAAAUCUACAAUGAGUGUCCCUGGAGGAGGCGAGACCGGAUGGGGUUUUCAUAUCGCCUGUAAAGGAUCUGAGUCUGCAGUGAAAGAAUGCACAAUUUUGUACAGCUCGAAGAUCAGAUAUCCUGUUGGAGUCGUUUGUUCAGACUCUGUGAGACUUGUGGAUGGGACUGGACGCUGCUCUGGGAGAGUGGAGGUGAAGUCCAACCAGUCCUGGACCACAGUAUGUGAGGCUGACUUUGACUGGCAGGAUGCAGAGGUAGUCUGUAGGGAGCUGAGCUGUGGGACUCCACAAAAGCUACAGGAACCUCUGCUUGGAGAAGGGAAACAUCCAUUUGGAACCAAAGAGUUCCAAUGUAAAGGGACAGAGAACCGUCUCCCUACCUGUAGCACCUCAGACAGAAAGAAGCAGAACUACACACCUGGCAAAGCUGUGUGUCUCACCUGUUCAGAACCUGAUGGAAUGAGACUGGUGGAUGGGAACAGUCGCUGUGCUGGGACAGUGGAGAUGUUUUAUAAUGGACAGUGGAGAAAAGUGGCAGCAGAUGUCUGGGAAAUAGAAAUGGCUGCUGCGGUUUGCAGACAGCUAGACUGUGGCUCUGCUCUGGCAGCUACAAAGUCAAAGUCUGGUAGAGAUAAACCUGAAGUGGGUGUCCUGAUUUCCUGCAGUAGGACAAAAACAAUCAAAUGCCGUCCUAUAAGAAUCCGGCAGAUCGACUAUCUUGCUGGAGUGAUCUGUUCAGAGUUCCUGGCACAUCCCACCAUCUCUGUUUCUACUCCCAUAAGAGAGUCUAGGAGCCUCCAGGGGCCAGAGGUGUUCAGGGGCUACAGCUUCACCAUCACCUGCUCCACUCAGCCGCAGUACCCAGGAGGCUCCUUCCACCUCACACUGCCCUGGAACAACAGAAGUGACUCCCAGGCAGCUGUCAGUCACUCAGCCUCCUUCCUCUUUCCUGCUGCCGAUGAUUCCCACCAGGGGAACUACAGCUGUGUCUAUGAGAAUCAAGUGAGCUUUCAGAAUGAUGAGUUUCAAGAGGAGAGUCAGAAGUAUUCUAAUAGCUGGUCUCCUGGGCCUUUCAUCCACAAUUUCUCCUCUGAGAGUGAGCCUCUUCCCCUCAUCAUCACAGAUUUUUCAUGGACUCCAUUCAUCACCAGAAUGCUGCUCGUUCCAUUUCUGAUGCUGAUAACCUGCUCCUUCAUCUUUCUCAUCUUCAAGAAGUGUGGACAUUUCUUCAUUAGAGAUGCAGGCAAGGAAAGGGCAGCAGCUGCAGUCCCAAAACAGAGCAUCCAGCUGGUCUCCCUGUAGCUCAGAGCUGAAAAGAAGCAGAAUGAAGCUGCCCAGAGACUUGGAACAGGAGGAAGAGGAUGGGCCGGAUUGGAAUUAGGUUCAUAGUGAGUGUGAUGUGUUAAAAAGAAAGAAUCUGCCUCUUUUUAUCCCUAAAAUGCCAGAUAAUUUGUGUUUAAUACUAAAGCCCAACUGAUAUAUCUGUUGGCUGGUAAUACCAGCUGGUAUUAGCAACCCGUGUUUUUUCUGUAAAGGCAAAAAUUUCAGUGAUAAUUAGUAACUUUUUUUGAUCACAUGAUCACUGGCAUACAAAGUUGCACUCUGAUUAUUAUAAAGCGAAACCUUAGACAGUUAAGCCACUUCUGUUUGGGUUUUCAAGCUUCUUAAUGGCUUGUUCUUGAAAUCUGUAAUUGUGUCUGACGUGUUUCUAUUUUACCUUCAACUGUGCUGAGGAUUAUUGUCUUUUUUAAUGAAUUGGUUCUUCUCAUAAAAUGUCCAAAAUAGUGAGCUUUAGUUUGGUUAUCUGGACUUCGAGUAAACUGUGAGGCUUGAUUUGCUCAAGAAUCCAUUCGUCUUCUUGCUGUUCUGUACUGUUUCUGCAAAUGUUGCAAAAAUUCUGUCCAUUAUGUGACAGCAAAAAUAUAUCUAUAUUCCCCCAUUCCUGGGUGGGAGAAGUCCCAUGGAAUCUAUUUUCAGGUCAGCCCAGGGGCCCUCCAGCAUCUGUCUUGGCAGUUCUUCUUUCCUUUUACGAUUGCUGCAGUGUAACUAUUCUCUGUUCCUAUUGCAGUUCUUACACAGAUGGCGAAUGUGGCCACAUAUGUAACAUAAAACUGCCAGAUUUCUGGUGUUCAGAAUUCUGCGCCUGCAAUAGCGCCUUUUGGAUUUCUGCCUCUGCAGCUAUUAGUUCCUUAUCUCCCCGAAGAUUAGAGAUUGGAGGGUUAGGGUUUGGUAUACUCCUCUGCUCAGAGCAAAGAGGAGAGCAUGGAGAAGAAAGGAAAUGGUCAACCUGUUAACAUCUUUGUAAAAAGUUAUCAUCAAUAAAGAUAUGAAGCCACCUCUCAAA